GUUGGGGUGGCCAUGGUGCUGGUGCUGCUGGUGGCCAUCCCGCUGCUGGUGCACAGCUCCAAGGCGGCCGCUCACUACGAGAUGCUGGGCAGCUGCCGCAUGGUCUGCGACCCCUACCCCGGCCCCGAGCUGCCCCCCCCGUCCCCGCCUCCCUUCCUGCCCGGCGCCAAGGGCGAACCGGGCCGCAAGGGCCGCGCCGGGGUGCGGGGACCCCCAGGACCACCGGGACCGCGGGGGCCGCCGGGUGAGCCGGGCCGGCCGGGGCCACCGGGGCCACCGGGGCCGGGUCCCGGGGGGUACAUCCCCUCCUUCUACAGCCCCAAAAUCGCUUUCUACGCGGGGCUGCGGAAGCCCCACGAGGGCUACGAGGUGCUGCGCUUUGACGACGUGGUCACCAACGUGGGCAACUACUAUGAGCCCUCCAGUGGGAAGUUCACCUGCCCCCUGCCCGGCAUCUACUUCUUCACCUACCACGUCCUCAUGCGCGGCGGCGACGGCACCAGCAUGUGGGCCGAUCUCAUGAAGAACGGGCAGGUUCGGGCCAGCGCCAUCGCGCAGGACGCGGACCAGAACUACGACUACGCCAGUAACAGCGUCAUCCUGCACCUGGACGUGGGGGACGAGGUCUGCGUCAAGCUGGACGGGGGCAAAGUCCACGGCGGCAACACCAACAAGUACAGCACCUUCUCCGGCUUCAUCAUCUACCCCGACUGAC